AUACAAAAUAGAUGGUGCUUGAAACGCACCAACUAAAAAAAAUAAAUAAGCUAUCCGCGUUAGCUUUUUUUUUUACUUUUAACAGUAUUUUCAUAACAGAAUAGCCUAUGAUAUUUACGAUUUUGCAAUUUUACUAUUAAAAUGUAUACUUCUAGGCUAGAUAAAGGUAGCUGCGUAAAAUGUAGUCCCAUUGCGCAAUGGAAUGCCACUUGGUUUCCUCUUUAGGAUAAAGCUUAUCACCAGAAUCUUUAUAGGUAUUUUUGACCAAAUCCCUCCACUUUGUUUCAGUUCAGUGCAGUAUGUUUGUCUUGCUAGAUCGGCGUUAUCUCCAGUUUAGACGUUUAUCAGCCUCUUUGCAUGUCACGUGCCUCCGCUCGUCCAAUAAUAGUUGGAUCUUGACGCACACGGGACGCAUGGGUAUCUGUUACUCCACUGAUCCACUGCUUCUCUUUCAGUCUUGGGGAAUUCUAAAAGAGCUGGUAGGCUCCAUGUAGGGCGUGCUAUGACAGCGUCUUUACUCCUCCAUUCCCGCUGGAUUGACCCGGUGAUGUUUCUCUAUGACAACGGCUUGGAUGAUAUGAGCAAAAACAUGGAAGGAUUUGUGGGAGGCAAUUUUGCUGCUAAUCAGUGCAGGAAUCUUAUUGCCCACCCGUCUUCUCUGGCCCCGAGCACAACCUACUCGUCGAGUGAGGUGCCAGGGUCGGGCAUGGGAGAACCUGUCAAACAAUGCAGUCCGUGUUCAGCCGUGCAAAAUUCUCCCAGUGCUUCUUUGCCCUAUGGAUAUUUUGGCGGCAGCUACUACCCGUGUAGGAUGCCCAAGUCUUGCACGCAGCCCACCUCCUAUGGGGAAAAAUACAUGGACACGUCUGUUUCUGGAGAGGAGUUCUCUUCUCGUGCUAAGGAAUUUGCCUUCUACCAGGGUUACUCGUCUGGCCCUUACCAGCCUGUACCGAGUUAUCUUGACGUGCCAGUCGUACCUGCGCUGAGCGCCCCUGCGGAGCCACGACACGAGUCUCUUCUGCCUGUUGAAACGUACCAGCCCUGGGCAAUCACGAACGGAUGGAGUAGUCCGGUGUACUGCCCAAAAGAUCAAACACAGUCAAACACCUUAUGGAAAUCGUCUAUUCAAGAUACUGUGUCAGGUACGGAUGGAGCGUCAGUGCGUCGAGGGAGAAAGAAGCGGGUUCCCUACACCAAGGUUCAAUUGAAGGAACUAGAACGAGAAUAUGCCACAAAUAAGUUCAUCACUAAAGACAAACGAAGAAGGAUAUCUGCUCACACAAACCUGACCGAGCGACAAGUGACCAUCUGGUUUCAAAACAGGCGGGUGAAAGAGAAGAAAGUGGUCAACAAGUACAAGGGCAUCAGUUAAGGUCUGAAAUUUUUUAAAAACUGAAAUACCAAAGGGGUAUAAAUGGAAGGACCUUCGACAUUAUUUAUUCUGAAAUCCAUUCCAUCAUCUGUUCCACUUCACGAGACUAUUGCGGAGAUGCGCAGGAGGGAAAAUGUAGCUGUGUACAUAUUACCAAUACACUGACAUUGAUAAAAGCGAAGAUACUGCUCAAGAACAAUGUACCUAUAUUCACCACCUGAUUUCCUUUCUUUUGAAUCUAUAAUGUCUUUGACAGAAAGACGUGGGAGGAAUGUAAAUUCACAGUGAAAGAAAAUCAGUGAAGUAAACAGACAAACCCAUGGCAAUUCGUGUAUUUUUUAUUUUUAUUUUUACACAUCAUCACGUUUCCAUAAAAACAACUGUACAUUUCAGACUGUGGAUUCGCAUAUGUGCUAACUGUACACUAAAUUUACCCCAAGACUGUUCUGAACUUUUCUUUUUCUUUUUUAACCCCAUACGCACAUUUGUAAAUACAAAGUCGCUUUCAGGCUCCUGCGAAAUAUACAAAUUCUCAUGUGUUACUGCAGACAGUAUGCAAAUAAAACUCCACAUAUUAAGUGAUGUAUUUCAAUAUUUGUAUCUAUAAUUAUUCCUAAUGUCAACAUUUCUUGCCAAAAUGUUUAUCAUAAACAUAACCUAUAUUAAAUCAUCUAUUUAUUUUUAAUGUAGCAAUUUAUAUAG